UUAAUGAAAAUGAUAUUCAAAGAAGACUGGCUCGGACCUUUCCUUAAUUUAUACCCAAUGCGCCAAACUCGGACCCACGUUCACCCCAACGAACACGCCAACCCUAGGCUCCUAACAGGUCCAUAUUCAUACAGAGCAAGAAACAAAACAUAAAAUAAUUUUAAAACACGGAAAACACUUUCACUGAUUCGCAAAACGGAUCGUACCGAAUCGAAUCGACGAAAACUUCUCUCAGUUCUCCAUGUCUCACAAGUUGUUGAUUCGGAUUCUGAAUCUGUUGUUGCUGCUGCUUCUGUUCGUUUCCGAAGUGGUGUCGUUUUCGGCCGGGUCGCGGUCGAUCCUAAGAUCGAUUAGUAACGGCGAGGACAACGGAGCGGUCGAUAACGCUGUGGAUUUGAACGCUACGAACUUCGACUCCAUCCUGAGAGACACUCCGGCUACUUACGCCGUCGUUGAGUUCUUCGCUCAUUGGUGUCCUGCUUGCAGAAACUAUAAGCCUCAUUACGAGAAGGUUGCAAGACUUUUUACUGGACCUAAUGCAGUGCAUCCUGGUAUCAUAUUGAUGGCUAGGGUAGACUGUGCAUCAAAGAUAAAUAAUAAACUUUGUGAUAAGUUUUCUGUGAGUCAUUAUCCUAUGCUCUUCUGGGCUCCGCCUUCUAGAUUUGUAUCUGGCGGUUGGGAACCUAAACAGGAUAAAAGUGAAAUACGUGUAAUCGAUGAUGGACGGACAGCUGAUCGCUUGCUUAAUUGGAUCAAUAAGCAAUUAGGCAGCUCAUAUGCCUUGGAUGAUGAGAAGUUCGAAAAUGAGCCUCUUCCAUCAAAUAUAUCAGACCGUGGACAGAUUGCUCGAGCUAUAUAUGACGUUGAGGAGGCAACGGCCACUGCCUUUGACAUCAUUUUAGCACACAAGAUGAUCAAAUCAGAAACUCGGGGUUCAUUAAUAAGAUUUCUACAGAUUUUAGUGGCUCAUCAUCCUUCAAGGAGGUGUCGUAAGGGAAGUGCAGAAGUACUGGUAAAUUUUGAUGACUUGUCCCCAUUACAUAUGCAAUCUGAUAGACAGGAAGUUGUCAUAAGUGAUGUCAAUGGUGCCCUAGGAAAUUUCAAAAUGUGUGGAAAAGAAGUUCCUCGUGGAUAUUGGAUGUUUUGCCGUGGCAGCAAGAAUGACACAAGGGGUUUCAGCUGCGGCUUGUGGGUUCUACUGCAUUCUCUGUCUGUAAGAAUUGAUGAUGGGGAGAGCCAGUUUACAUUUACAUCUAUAUGCGAUUUUAUCCAUAAUUUCUUUUUAUGUCAGGAGUGUCGUCAACAUUUUUAUGAGAUGUGUUCAAGUGUUACUACUCCUUUCAAUAAAACCCGUGAUUUUGCUCUAUGGUUGUGGAGUGCACAUAAUAAAGUCAACAAGAGAUUAAUGAAGGUAGAAGCAUCUUUAAGAACUGCUGAUCCCAAGUUCCCCAAGAUUAUUUGGCCUCCAAAGCAACUUUGCUCUACAUGUUAUCGCUCUAAUGGAGAUACCAAACCCAGUCAAAUUGACUGGGACCAGGAUGAAGUAUUCAAGUUCCUGUCUAAUUAUUAUGGGAAAACACUUGUAUCUUUAUUUAAGGACAAGGAUGCUCAAAGGACCAAUGGGAUCGAUGGAGGUGUUGAAGAUUUGGUGUUCUCAACAAAUGCGGUUGUAGUACCUGUGGGAGCUGCACUGGCAAUUGCUCUGGCUAGCUGUGCAUUCGGAGCACUCGCUUGCUAUUGGCGAUCACAGCAGAAGAAUCGGAAGCCCAGGAGAAGCUGAAAGUAAGAUUUUUUAAACGACAAAACCAUAUAUACACAGGCCUUCAAGGUGCCCAUCUGAUUGACUUCAGGCUCUUAGUAGGAAUCCAGAUGACAACCUUAUCACAGCCAGCCGUUUUGAGGUCCUCUUCUGUAUCCUCACUCUUAUCAAGCAUUCGAUUUUGUAAUAUUUAAUUCUGGACUGUACAUAUUCAUAUUAUAAUCUUAGUUCUGGAGGUGAGUUGUCUACAUUUAUUUUAAUCUACUUGAGCAGACUGCACUGGGUUAUUCGGUGAAGCAUGGUUAAUUGCCAUGGCCAUUGAAAUAGAGUGUAUUAAUUAAGAGUCAUUACACAUCUGAUGUUAAAAUACUUCCAUUUGUAAUGUCGAGUCUGGAUAGGAACAGAUAGUGAUAUGGUUUUACCAUCUUUGUUUUUUGAUUUUGUCGUUCGACUUCUGUUCUAUUUCGACCGAGGUUCUACAUUCUGAAAUGUUCCUUCUAAAUGUAGUGAAGAGCUGAGAAUUGUCUCUGUUUGUCCUAAA